AUGGAUCACACGGUGUCUUCACAUCCAUCAUCGAGCAAUUGCAGACAAGCUGUCGGUUAUUCGAGUAAAUCAAACGCAAUAUUUGCUCGCCGGAAGAGAACAGAACUCCGGAGGAUGAAGUUUUUGUCAAAUGCAGAUGACUCUUUAUCCAACAGAAGGCGGUUUGAGAACACCAAGAAAGAACACAAUGACAAUUUUCCUUGUCAUUCCUCAGUGAUUGGGCGCAGGAGAGAGAUGGAGGAUGCUGUGAGUAUAGAAAAAAAGUUUGUUGAUGAGAACUCAAGGAAGUUUGAUUUUUAUGGCGUUUAUGAUGGUCACGGUGGUUCCCGUGUUGCUUAUGCGUGUCGUGAGCGGUUACACAAGUUGUUGGCGACAGAGAUAGAUAUAGAAAACAAAAACACAGAGGAUAUGAAUUGGGAAAAUUUGAUGGUGGAGAGCUUCGCUAAGAUGGAUGAGGAAGUAAAUGAAACUGACAUUGUCGAUUCCAUUGGUUCCACCGCCGUUGUUGCAGUGGUCGGUGAUAAAGAAAUAGUGGUUGCCAAUUGUGGUGAUUCAAGGGCUGUUCUUUCAAGAGGUGGUGUCCCGGUGCCCUUAUCCGUUGACCAUAAGCCAAAUAGACCCGAUGAGUUAGAAAGAAUCGAACUUUCGGGAGGAAGAGUGAUCGAUUGGAAUGGGCUACGUGUUCUUGGAGUUCUUGCGACUUCAAGAUCAAUAGGUGAUCGACAACUAAAACCAUAUGUAAUUGCAAAACCUGAAGUUAUUGUGAACAAAAGAGAUGAUGCAGAUGAAUUCAUGAUCUUGGCUAGUGAUGGAUUAUGGGAUGUCAUAUCUAACGAUUUGGCAUGUCAAGUUGUGAGAAAAUGUCUCGAUGGAUGGACUUGUCGAAGGAGAUCGAUGAAAGAACACCAUAAGAGAACGACCAAUAAUCCAGCUAUGUUCUUAACGGAACUAGCAAUGGCUCGUGGAAGCAAAGAUAAUAUAAGUGUUAUUGUGGUGAAUCUUAAGCGUUAGAUCUCUUGAUAAUAGAAAAGGGUGGUAUCUUUAGUUCUUUACUUUCUUUCUUUUUUCCCUCCCUCUAGAUUCAUUUCCAUGUUUUUUGUGGCUGUGUAACAAUCAUGCCAUUUACGUGUUAAGUUCCCAUAUAUAACUUUGGUCGUAAUAAAAGAUAUCUAGUACAUAGAUUAUUAUGAUUAGAAC